AUUUGUACAUGCCACACCACAAGAUCAUCAUGAUGACAUAGCAGCUUCAGAGAACAGCGUGACUAGGGUUUUUUUGGUUUGGUUUUUUUUUUUGGAGGUUGUUGUUUUUUGUUUUGUUUUUUUUUAGCUCUUGUAUCACAGAGGAUCUGGCAACCAGUUACCUCCUGACACUGUUUACAGCAUAUAUUGGUCGAUUCAGUCCUCUAUUGCAUCUGCUCUGGGAAUUAAAGAAAGCAGCUUCAAGGCAGUAAGGGACAAGACACAUUUCAAAGAUGCAUCUAAGCUCUCUACCUUUCUUACUGGUAUUGAUCAGCGGCAUUUUCUGCCAAUACGACUAUGAUAUGGGAUAUUUUCCAGACCCAGAUUACCCUUAUGUUCAUUCAAUGAUGGGGCCAUCUACAGCAGUCUGUGCCCCAGAAUGUAAUUGUCCUGAAACCUAUCCAUCUGCAAUGUAUUGUGAUGACCUCAAAUUGAAAAGCAUCCCAAUUGUACCUGCUGGAAUAAAAUACCUUUAUCUCCGAAACAAUAUGAUUGAGGGCAUUGAAGAAAAUGCAUUUGAAAAUGUAACAGACCUGGAGUGGCUGAUCUUAGAUCACAACCAUUUGGAAAAUUCAAAAAUUAAGGGAAGAGUCUUCUCCAAACUAAAGAGUUUAAAGAAAUUGCAUAUAAAUUAUAACAAUUUGACUGAAGCUGUUGGACCACUUGCCAAUACCAUGGAUGACCUGCAACUUAGUCACAACAAGAUCACAAAAGUCACCGCCAAUGUACUGGAGGGGCUGGUGAACCUGACUGUCCUUCACCUACAGAAUAACCAGCUGAGAACAGACUCUGUUUCCGGGGCUUUGAAAGGCCUGAAGUCACUUUUAUAUCUUGACUUGAGCUUCAAUCAACUUACAAAGCUACCAAAAGGACUGCCUCCUGCUUUACUCAUGCUGUAUUUUAACAACAACCAGAUCACCAACAUUCCUGAUGAGUACUUCCAAGGUCUUAAGGCCCUGCAAUAUUUACAUCUGUCUCACAAUCGGUUGACAGAUGGUGGAAUACCAGGCAAUGUUUUCAAUAUCUCCUCCCUAGUUGAGUUGGAUCUCUCCUUUAACAUGCUGAAGAGCAUUCCAACAGUCAAUGAGAACCUAGAAAACUUCUACCUCCAAGUCAACCACAUUAACAAGUUCCCACUGAGCAGCUUUUGUAAGGUUGUUGGACCACUAACCUAUUCCAGGGUCAAACAUUUGCGUUUGGAUGGAAAUAAUCUCACUCGAUCUGACCUGCCACAGGAAAUGUACAACUGUCUCCGUGUAGCUGCUGAUAUCUCACUGGAGUGAAGUGCCUCCAAUUUCCUUAUAACGGUCAUAACUAUACUGCAGAUUUACACCAGCAUAACUCUUUAAAAUUAGGAUGUCUUAACAAAAGUCAAUUUGCAUAUUAUCUAUUCUGUUUGUUAAUAUUUAGCAUGAACCUGGUGAGCCUAACAAAACAUGUUUGUGCAUAGUUUUACAAAUAGUUUCAAUUGUUUGUUUCUGGAAACAUAAAAAGACCCUUUUCAGCCCCCCCUCCCUCCCAUCCAGAUCUGGCUUCCAAGUUGGAGGAAUAUGAUCACGAUUGUAGAAAUCUAUGUGCAUUCACACACAUGCACACAAACAUUGGUGUAUGCAGUUUUGCUCAGGUUCUCAUGGAAGUCAGGUGUGUUUUUGGUAGAGUACUGAAUGGUAAUUUAGGGCUGAACUGUGUAUGUACACUAUUCACCCUGGUCAACUUUAAUAUUCUAAAUUAUUCACGCCUUUGAUAUAUUUUUAGAAAUUGCAAAAGAACAACAUAAUACAAUUUAGCAAUAUUAAUAUGAUAAAAUGUGUAUGAAAAUAUAUUUUCAGAGCCCAUUUGAAUAUGACAUUAAUGAGACAUGAACGAUUAUGAAGAAACAAGAACAUUUUUCAGGAUUUUAAAAUUGUUUGUUGUUGUUUCUGUCACUUACCUAUAUACUUUCAUUGAGAGGUUUUUGUCCGCUACCAGUAGAAUUGUUAUUUCACAGUAAAUCAUAUAUACAAGUAUUUUUAUUCAAUUACUUGCAUGCUACGUUUAACCAGACUGUAGAAAAUAAAACAUAGCAAAUAGCUCUGUUGUGUCCAUAUCAUUGUCAAAUAUGUUGCAGUCUUUUAUAAACUUGAAAAGGAAGUUCAGGUUAAAACAGAAAAUUCUAAGGUAUUAUAUUUUGCUGAUUUUAUUGUAAGGUUAAAUAAACUGUUUUCUGUACUUUGUAGUUUCAAAAUGUUUUCAAACAUAUCAUCCAAUUAUAUCCAUUAGCACUUGUGUUUACCAUUUUGUCCAGGCCUUGUGCACUGAGAACUGCCAGGUGAAGCAUGUCUGCUAUAAUGAACUGUUGAGUAAUCAUUUGAAAUGUAUUUAUGAAUUUUGUGAACAUGAAAAUGAAAUGUAUCAGAUGUCACAGACAGUAAGUAUAAGUCAGUGUCAAUCCCUUCUGAUACAAAGAAACUAGUGCAUGCUACCUGGGAAUGGGAAGUUAAAGUAAUAUGUGUCUUGGAACACACACUAAAAUAGACAUGGCAUUAACUAAAAGCUAUUAUGAUAGCUUGCUUGUAAACAAGUACUGUCCCAUGGAUACUAUCUGCCUUUUGACUCCUUGAUUAUAAAGCCCUUAAAUAAGAACUCUCCUAAUUUUUUAUGGUAGAAUCAUUGACUCCACCACCACCACCACCCAAAGAGAUAUCCCCUGAGUACUGCCAACCCUAAACUUCCAAACGCAUGCAACAGGUACUCAAAAUCAUGAAUUACAAAAUAAUGUUUUUUUUCUAUUUGCCUUUUUCUUUAAGAGCCUUUGAUGUUUGUGACGUCAAGCUUUUCUCCACAGCACUGAGGGCUAGAAACUUACUUAAAAAAA